UACUUUAAACUUCCAGUCCCAAAAUGCUCCGUACCUAAGAGGCAAACAGAGUAAAGAGCUGUAACUUGAGGAGGUGAGCCUGAGGGCUGACCUCUUUUCCUGCCAACGCACCGAAAAGCUCUGAACAUCUCAUGCCGACGAUGAAAAUAUGGCAGCUGAAAGAACAAGGUCCUUCCGUCGUGUUGGUAGUCUAAUGCGGAGUAAAUCUGAGGGGACACUGAUUGACCUGGGUGACAGUGCCUCAACAAGCGACAACCUGAAUGGUGGGUAUGUGACACGAAUCACACAGAACUCUGAGUGGCCACUUUUACAGCCAGAAGUCACUCAUCCAUCUCAGACAAAAAAUCCCUUUUGGAACAAACUAUCUGGAUCAAACCCUUUCUUAGAUGACAUUGUGCAUAGCGGCACAGACAAACAUAUUUCCAACACAUCAAAACAAGACAGUAAAAAACACCUGGACACAAAUAACGAUGACGACAUCAGCACAUCUUCAGACGAAGGCAACUUGGGGAACUUUUUGGAAAACAAACACAAAGUCUCCAACAGAUCUGGAAGGUGGAGGAGUGCUUCGGACAUUCUGGAUGAUCUGGAGAGAAAAGUGCCAAAACGGGAGGACAGCUUCAAACCGCCCAGGCCAGUGCUGAACCCUGAUUUUGAGUGGCUGAAGAACGACAGAGAGGCCUAUAAGAUGGCCUGGCUGAGCCACAGGCAGCUAACCCGCUCAUGCCUGGACUUAAAUCUGAUGAGCCAGAGCCCCGGAUGGGCUCAGACACAGGCCACCGGCUUUCAGGUUAUCUGCAGGAUCGGCCACUCUGGAGGGUCAGUACAGCUGCCGGACUCAGAAGUUAGCAUCCAUAUCCCGGAAGGCCACGUUCCUCCUGGAGAAGUCCAGGAAGUGACACUGAAAGCAAUGCUAGACCCUCCUCCUGGACUCAAUAACAACUACAUGACGACCAUGAGUCCGCUUCUAGAGGUGGUUCUCAGCAACAUCAACAUAAAGGAGUGUAUCUCUCUGGAGAUGAAACUGUCCGGAGAGGUGAAGGGUGACCCGUUAAGUCAGGUGAUGACCACUGUGGUCGGAAUGGUGUCCACCAAAAGAGAGGGACCUUAUAUAAAAGUGGAUGAUUGUUACAUUUACAAAAACAUGAUGCAGAUGAAGCUCCAGGAUCUGAAAACACAUUUUUAUGUGACUGCAGUCGCAGAGGCCUCUGCAAUUCAGUCCCCUGCUACAUCAGUAUGGGAUUACCUUCACCGCCAAAUCACUGUAGCAGUUUAUGGUCCCAGGUACAUCCAUCCAUCAUUCAAGGUAGUAAUAGUGGUUUGCUGUCAUGAGGAGGUUCCACCAAAGCUUCCAUUUUCAGAUAUAUGUAGAGGCAACAAGAGCCUGCCUCCGCUUGUUCUGCAGCUUUGGGGAAAACUCCAGUUUAAACCAGACAAACUGAAUAACCUGCAUGUCAGAGUUAGCAUCACAGACUCAGGGUUUAAAAUCAAACCUGAGGACGAACUGAAAGAAGUGAGGCAAAGUCAGCUCAAGAUAGGAACAGUUUUGCAUCUGCCAGUUGCAUUAUCUUGUGCCAGUAAAACAGAAAUUAAUUCCUUUAAAUUAGACCUACAAGUGAAGGAAUCAAACACUGCGACUGCUGCACAUUUCCAGGUGCCCUCCCCUUCUGCAGCACCCAUUCGAUCAGAAAAGCGAGCGCCAAGGCAGAUAGAAAGGCGGACUGAAAUGCCAAAAACCUUGGCCAUUCCUGAGGAAAGUGGUCCAGUUUUCCCCAAAUUUGAAGACAAACCUGUGACCCUACAGUGGUACGGUGUAGCCCUAAAGUCCGUUCUACGUCAGCCACGCGUGGACUACCUUCUGGAGUACUUCAAGGGGGACACUGUGGCUCUCCUUUCCAGAGAGACCGUUAGGUCGGUGGGUAAUUCAAAAGUAAAGGAGUGGUAUAUCGGAUUUCUGCGAGGUAGGACUGGUUUGGUUCACUGCAAAAACAUGAAGCUCAUUACCAGAGACCAGGUGAUUGACUUUACAGGCAUUCAAAUCAGCACAGAUGUCCUCUUGGACAACAUGACGCUGCCCUUCAAGAAGCUUACUUACAUGUACUCUGCCAUCCAGACACUGGUCACUGAGCACAUAACCAGUUGGACAGGCUUUGCUGAUGCUUUAGGGUACAGCAACCUGUCGCUGGACACCAUUACACGGAGGCACGCUGAAACUGAAGCUGAUAAGGUGGCGUGUGUUCUGGAAAAGCUGAAGGAAGACUGUCACGCUGAGAAGAGCAGGAAAAAGUUUCUGCAUGAACUCAUGGUGGGCCUGCUCAAGAUGGACUCUGUGAAUCUAGUGGCUCAGCUGAUUCAGAACACAGUCAUCCUGUCCACUGCUGUGGAGCUCGGGGUUCGAUGGCGGGAGCUUGCUGAGAAGAUAGGAAAACUCUCCAGCAUUCAGAUAGCCAGCUAUGAGGCACCACACCGAGGGAGGAGUGGAGAAGUUGGUCCCCAGUCAAUGUGGAAGCCUGCCUACGACUUCCUGUACUCCUGGAGUCUGCGUUAUGGAGACAGCUACAGGGACAUGAUCCAGGAUCUGCACCUGGUCCUGGACAAAAUGAGAAAUCCUGCCACCAGACAGUGGAGGCAGCUGACUGGUGCCCUCAUCACAGCAAACUGUCUCGACAUCUUUCGAGCCUCUGCGUACCCGAAAAGCUAAGCUUUUUGCAAAUGCAGUCUGGUGACGUCGACGACCUCCGCGCACUUGGGGAGAGGUUUUGUUACAUAAGGUUUUGUUAAAGAUGUUACUUAACUAUUUCUCUUUCUGUAACUCUUUUCUAAUUUUUUUUUUUUUUUUUUUUUUUUUUUUUACAAACCAUUAGAAACAACUGAAUUUGAAAUUCAGUCAGGUACUUGCACUAUAUGUCCAAAUCUCACUUGGUGAUUAUACAGAUGUACUCACAAUUGUUGAGCUGUGAAGGAAUGUCACUUCAUCUUGCAGACAGAAGGAAAUUUCUCUGCCAGUGUAAUAGAGCCUUAAAGUAAAAUUUAAUUUGGUGGAUUAUUUUCAGUUUUUGAAAAUGCGGUCCUGUUUAAACUUAAAUCUACAAUAGUUAGGAACUGACGCCCUGCAGUAAUCUCAACUAUCAUGUAGAAAUGUGUUCAAAUAUAUUAUUUCUUUACCCUUGAAAAGCGGGUAAUUAUUAACUGAGACACUAUUAACUCAGAUAGAUUACAUUCUUUUAAUCAUAUACCCAGUACACUGAGUGUUUCUGCGACUCUAUAUCACCCAAAUGGCACAUUGCAUCUGAUGGGUUUUUUUUCUAUCCGAUUAUUUAUGGAUCUGAUUUGAUUUUUAAUACUACACCGCUGUAACCUCUGCAGUGCCAAUGAGCCUCUCCAUCUUUCUUUAGAUGAUUUCACAUACUGAUUCAACAGAAUGUACCUACAAACUAUAUUCAGUUCCUCUUUAUUAGGAUUCACCUCACUAUUAUGGAGCUUAUCAUGUUCGUAUGAGUGGGAGUUGCAGGUCCUAGUUUUGUAGGGGGUCAGAAAACCAAUAAAUGUGAACACUGUUGCUGACUAACAGUCAUAAAGGUUUCAAUACAUUAACUCAUAUUUACUGUAGAUUUGUGGGCUGAAUAUGAGAAUGUUCUUCCAAAGUGAAACGUGCCUUUUAAGUUUCCUGAUGCCAGUAAACAAACUGUAAAGAUGCUGUUUUACAGUACAUGUGUCAUAAACUAUUGUUGUCUUUCGUUUUAGUGUACUCGCUAUUUUUAUACUUAGAUAUGUACAAAGCAGAUAAUGUCAAGUCCAGUGUAAUCAUAACAUUUUGGCAUUCUGGUUUUUAUUGCCAAAUGCAAACCUCAGUGUUUAGAGUGGUGCCAUGUAAAGUACACUGUUCCUUCAGUCACUGAAAUUCUAGACUAGACCAUUGAUGUUUUUGAUACUGAAAUGGAGAUGUGUUGCAUAAGAUAUAAAUAAAUAUUGACUGCAGUAAGUUAUCUGAUCUGUUUACCUUUUAAUAAAGAUGUUAUUCAGUA